GUGGGCUCAGUCGGGGGUGCGGGGCUGUGACCUAGAGGCUUCGUUGUCGAUCCCCGAGGCGUUCGCGCGCGCCAGCUGUCCUCGCGGCCGCCUGCGCGCUGCCCCCCCCGCCCGCCCGCCAGGGGCUCCGCCGCCCUCGCCUCGGCCUCGUUAGCCCGCCAGGAGCCCCGCAGCUCCUCCGGGAGCCCGCUGGUAACUCGCGUCCCUCGCGCUUCUCCGGCGCCUGAGGGGGCCGCCUCGGGCCAUGGUGCUCUCCCAGGAGGAGCCGGACUCCGCGCGGGGCACGAGCGAGGCGCAGCCGCUCGGCCCCGCGCCCACGGGGACCGCUCCGCCGCCCGGCCCGGGACCCUCGGACAGCCCCGAGGCGGCUGUCGAGAAGGUGGAGGUGGAGCUGGCGGGGCCGGCGACCGCGGAGCCCCAUGAGCCCCCCGAACCCCCCGAGGGCGGCUGGGGCUGGCUGGUGAUGCUGGCGGCCAUGUGGUGCAACGGGUCGGUGUUCGGCAUCCAGAACGCUUGCGGGGUGCUCUUCGUGUCCAUGCUGGAAACCUUCGGCUCCAAAGACGAUGACAAGAUGGUCUUUAAGACAGCAUGGGUAGGUUCUCUCUCCAUGGGGAUGAUUUUCUUUUGCUGCCCAAUAGUCAGCGUCUUCACAGACCUAUUUGGUUGUCGGAAAACAGCUGUCAUGGGUGCUGCUGUUGGAUUUGUUGGGCUCAUGUCCAGUUCUUUUGUAAGUUCCAUCGAGCCUCUGUACCUUACCUAUGGAAUCAUAUUUGCCUGCGGCUGCUCCUUUGCAUACCAGCCUUCAUUGGUCAUUUUGGGACACUAUUUCAAGAAGCGCCUUGGACUGGUGAAUGGCAUUGUCACUGCUGGCAGCAGUGUCUUCACAAUCCUGCUGCCUUUGCUCUUAAGGGUUCUGAUUGACAGCGUGGGCCUCUUUUACACAUUGAGGGUGCUCUGCAUCUUCAUGUUUGUUCUCUUUCUGGCUGGCUUUACUUACCGACCUCUUGCUACCAGUACCAAAGAUAAAGAGAGUGGAGGUAGCGGAUCUUCCCUCUUUUCCAGGAGAAAGUUCAGUCCUCCAAAAAAAAUUUUCAAUUUUGCCAUCUUCAAGGUGACAGCUUAUGCAGUGUGGGCAGUUGGAAUACCACUUGCACUCUUUGGAUACUUUGUGCCUUAUGUUCACUUGAUGAAACAUGUAAAUGAAAGAUUUCAAGAUGAAAAAAAUAAAGAGGUUGUUCUCAUGUGCAUUGGCGUCACUUCAGGAGUUGGACGACUGCUCUUUGGCCGGAUCGCAGAUUAUGUGCCUGGUGUGAAGAAGGUUUAUCUACAGGUACUCUCCUUUUUCUUCAUUGGUCUGAUGUCCAUGAUGAUUCCUCUGUGUAGCAUCUUUGGGGCCCUCAUUGCUGUGUGUCUCAUCAUGGGUCUCUUCGAUGGAUGCUUCAUUUCCAUUAUGGCUCCCAUAGCCUUUGAGUUAGUUGGUGCCCAGGAUGUCUCCCAAGCAAUUGGAUUUCUGCUCGGAUUCAUGUCUAUACCCAUGACUGUUGGCCCACCCAUUGCAGGGUUACUUCGUGACAAGCUGGGUUCCUAUGAUGUGGCAUUCUACCUCGCUGGAGUCCCUCCCCUUAUUGGAGGUGCUGUGCUUUGUUUUAUCCCAUGGAUCCAUAGUAAGAAGCAAAGAGAGAUCAGUAAAACCACUGGAAAAGAAAAGAUGGAGAAAAUGUUGGAAAACCAGAACUCUCUGCUGUCAAGUUCAUCUGGAAUGUUCAAGAAAGAAUCUGACUCUAUUAUUUAAUAUCUUACAUACCUCCACCAGACUGGACUUGCUUUUUGAAUUUUAAGCAAGUUUCCUUUCCUUUUAUACGAAUUGCAAAUUUCAUAUUUUUUUAAUCACAUCCUAGGAAUAGCACAAUAAUUGGGAAAUAGAACCCUUAUCACUAGAAGAACCAUUUUCUGCCACUAAAUAUCUCUGAUGUUUCCAUGAGUCUGAGGGCAGAGACUCUGGUAUAUGAAAACAUGUCUGAAAGUCACAUAUUGUGAAAAUUUGAAGCUAUCUCAGUAAAAAGCAGCUUUGGAAACUGUGAAUGAUCUUUAGCUUGUACAAAUAUUUAAAAAUACCUCAGGCUAUACUGAAAGGGUUGCAGUUUGGUUAGGAGUGGAAAUAUUUUUUUUUGUUAAUGAUGUCUUCAGUUCUGGUACCUCUGUUUUACUUUCUUAUGCUCUUUGGAAACUUUUUGCAAAAUUUAAGCCUGGGUUCUAGAUAAUACCAGAUCUACCUAAACCUCAAGUCUAUGUUAAAGUUGCUUUCCUGCUGUUAAAUAAGCUAUGAUAUUAAGAUAUUCUGCUUGCUCCAGUGUCAAGGGACCUUCUGGGAGCAGGUGCUAACAAAGUGUUCUGAAUCAAUAUGUGAGAUGAAAAGGAUUCUCUCCAGGAGGAUCCUGAGCUGUUCAGAAAUCAUUUAAGUUUACAGCAUUGUUCCCUUUGCAUUUGCAGUGUGUUUUACUCAAGUAGCCAGAAACACCCCACGUUUCUGAAUUUGUUUAAAUUGUAACAAUAAAGUGAAAUAGAAUGCAUGAAA